AAUCCAAUUUCAUGCGUAUUGACUUGAGACAGUGUCCAUUUUGAGUCCAUGGAAACUAGCCUCAUUCAGCAGGUAGUAGGAAUUCCGGUGGAAAUUCAAUGACAGAAACGAUGUAUUCUAGGUAGAUCUUGUGCCUGAUCCUAUGGCUUUGGGUGGAGUUAGCAAAUUACCUCCGUCUCCUUCUAUGUCCACACGUGAUCAUCUCCCCACGCAGGUACACCAUACCAUUUUCAGAUAAUUGGGAGUUUCACUUAGCUCUCAUCCAGAGGCGUCGUUCCUAAAAGUCCGUUGGUAUUGCUACUUCUGUCCCUGUUGUCCUUUGAUGGCUACUAAAUCUGGAAUCGUCCGCCCUCUUAUAUACUGUCCUUCCACACCAUUGCCACUCCACCCUCCACUCAGCACCCUUUGAUUGUGAGCUCAGUUCGUUGAUCAGUAGAUCGGCGGCCGCCCAUGGACAGGAUUCACAGGAAUCAGUACGGUUCCAAGAGUAGUGCCCACAGGGGAGCGGCGGCGGCCAGCACCAGCUCGGGCGCCAAGCGCAAGGGGAAGGGUGCCGCCGGCGGCGGCGGCGGCGGCGGCGGGAAGAAGCCGAUCAAGGUGGUGUACAUAGGCAACCCCGUGCGCGUGACGACCAGCGCGGCGAGCUUCCGCGCGCUCGUGCAGGAGCUCACCGGCCGCCACGCCGACCCGUCCCGGUACACCGGCGGCAGCGGCGCCGCGAUCGACGUCGACGCCGAGGACAGCAGCGGGGCCAGCCUGCAGGCCGAGCCGCAGUCGGGCGCGGAGCCCAGCCCCGUCAGCACGGAUGUGUCGUCGGACGCUGCCGCCGCCGGCGGCCACGUCCCGGCGCCGGCUUGGGAGUACGACGACGACGAGGACAGCUUCUCGCCGCAGCUGAUCGACAACAGCUACUCCAUGUUCUCGCCACCGACGUUCCUCUACAGCUCACACAACGAGCUGUGACUGUGAUCUCAAUUGGGCUAGCAAGCUAGCAGCGUGGUAGCCUGGUAGGUGUACGUACAUGUAUGUGUAUUGCUUCCUGCGUAAGGACCUGUAUCGUAUGUGCAUGCAGAGUCGUAGGUAAGUGAAUCGAAUUAAACUGUGUAUGCUUCUCCAAAUCUAUGUGACAUGCAUACUACCACUGUGGCAUAAUAAAAAGCGUAGUACUGUAUGGUGUGGGCACUGCAUCAUCUGAUUUAUCUGUAUGUCAAUUGCUGGUCGAUCUGCAAUUUA